UCCUUCUGUCGCAGGUGUGGACAUUGUCAACGUCUCCAGCCAACUUGGAAUGAUUUGGGAGAUAAAUACAACAACAUGGAAAACCCCCAGGUCUAUGUUGUUAAGGUGGAUUGUACUACAGAUACACCACUGUGCUCUGAAUUCAGCGUCCGAGGAUACCCUACCCUGAAGCUGCUUAAACCAGGACAAGAGCCUCUGAAAUACCAAGGCCCUAGGGACUUCCAGGCACUGGAAAACUGGAUGUUGGAGAAACUAAAUGAAGAACCAUCUGAUCCAGAAUCUGAUGUGGAACCACCAAAAGCCCCUGAACCUAAGCAGGGAAUGUAUGAACUCUCAGCAGACAAUUUCAAGAUGCACAUAGCAGAAGGUAAUCACUUUAUCAAAUUCUUUGCCCCUUGGUGUGGUCAUUGCAAGGCUUUGGCCCCAACCUGGGAACAGCUGGCUCAAGCCUUUGAGCAUUCGGAAACUGUCAAGAUUGGCAAGGUUGACUGUACCCAGCAUUAUGAAGUCUGCUCUGAAACCCAAGUUCGUGGCUAUCCCACACUCCUCUGGUUUAGGAAUGGUGAAAAGGGUGACCAGUACAAAGGGAAGAGGGACUUUGAUUCCUUAAAGGAGUAUGUGGAUUCCCAACUACAGAGCUCUGGGAAAGAGCCACCAGCAGAUAAACCCACCGAAGCCCCACAGCCACCCACAGAGCCCACCCGUGUUGAGGCUGCAGUGCUUUCUCUCUCUGAAAAAGACUUUGAUGCAACCAUUGCUCGAGGGAUCACCUUUAUUAAAUUCUACGCUCCAUGGUGUGGUCACUGUAAGAACUUGGCUCCAACUUGGGAGAACCUUGCCAAAGAGCAAUUUCCAGGUUUAACUGAUGUCAAAAUAGCCAAAGUAGACUGCACUGUGGAACGUAAUGUCUGCAACAGAUUUUCUGUACGUGGUUAUCCUACACUUCUGCUUUUCCGAGGUGGAAAGAAAGUCAGUGAACACAAUGGAACAAGAGACCUUGAAUCACUGCACAGCUUCGUCUUGCGCCAGGCAAGGGAUGAAUUGUAA